AUGUAUCCCUCCGGCUCGAGUACAUUCACUGGCGGACCCGGUGUCGUGCGAAAGGGCGCGGAUAUUUCACUGGAAGGAGUCAAUGAGUGGAAGAUACAAGAGAUUGGAUACGAUGGAGUAGAAAAAUAUAUCAAACCUCCUUCAUUUUCUGACAAUGUUGGGAAAUUGGCACGACAGGUGGACUGGAAGAAGUUGAUAGGUUCGGAUGCGCUUUAUGACAACCCAAAUUCAAUAAAGAGUGAAAAUGAGGACGAUGAGACUGUUGAAAAGAAGUCUGUUGAAAUUGAAGAGCGCGUUGUACCAGAAGCAGGUCCUUGGCAUGGUGUGGCCAAAGUAUUUACAUCACUUCAACAGUUCAAUGUUCUUCUUGACAACCUUGCAAUCAUGCGGGCUACUGAUUACAUGAAGCCGUUGACUAUUCUCGAUCCAAUUCAUGCGGAGUCAGCACCGAUGCAGACUGAAAAUGCCGCGGCAAGUAAAGCCACACAGUGGGUGUGGAAGCGAAAGGCAUUAUUGGAAGCGAUGAGUGUCCUUGAAUUGGCGCAACGAUUACGAAAUGUUGAGGUUGAAGAUGAGGUGCACCAGCAGAAAAGUCAAUUCUUUAUGGAGCUGACGAAAAUGCGUGAGUAUUGGAGGGUUAGAAAAACCGGUGAUCACAUCUACGGAGACCUUGGCUAUCGCAUCUUUGGCUCCAAGUAUAACCCGCGGGAACUGUUCGAUAUAACAAGAAUAUCGUUGCCUCCUGGAACUUCAAUCGAUGCAAACACAACUGUACUGCAAGUGACCGUUCCUCGUGACCUCACUCGUCGCUCUACGUUGUCUGUAUCAAUAAUGAUUACACUAAUCCGUGAUUUGUUCGCUAGUUUGGACGAUCAUCAGUUUGAAUACAUGAAAAUAGACAACAGUAAAAUUGAGUCUAUUCAUUGGAGCGAUGCUCUCAAAUGGGCUCAAGAAACUCUGAUAUGCAAGGACAUUUUCAACACUCUGUGCUCCGAUGCUGUUCAAAUGCGAAGUCGCUUAUCUACCAUUCGGGAUGGAGUGCUGCUUGAGGGAGAUCUACCAGAAGAAGGAUGCCCAUAUUUGAAUCGAUCACUUCGCGAAAUGAUGGUUGCACAAGAGUGCACUCGGUGGGUACGCCCGCAAGCCUUUGUGUCUCUGCCAUUGACAAAUCUCAGUGAAGCACUUGAUGCUCGUGGACCAAGAGCAUUUACGGCACGAGAGAUUGAAAGUCGUGCCCAUAAACCCCAGUUUUUGCUCGAGAAGCUGAUCACUGUCGCUUCACAUUACUCUCUCGUCGAGAUGGCCCGCAAAACGUUGGAGGAGUUCAUGACGUUGACACGAGAUCCUCAGGUCCAUUGGCGAUGGUUACGAUGCUCACCCAUCAGUUCACAAUUUAUGGUCGUCCUAACCAACAGGAAUUUCGAUUACGUUGUCGGAAAAGUCACUUAUUACAUUCGAGUCAGCGCCGACUCUAUGUGUUUGAUUUCCAAAGAUGGCCAUAGUAUGGAGUGCUAUCGUGAUGCUAACCAGUUGAUGUACGCCCUAAAAUACAUGUAUGACGAACAAGUUCAUGUGCCAUUCACAACACUGAAUUACGCAAGAUUAAAAGGAAGCACAUUGUGCAAGAAAAUGGACAACCUCUUCGCUGCUUUCAGAGAUAUUGACGAGUAG